UAAUGACAUUAAUUAAUAAUUUCGAAAACAAUAGGACACAAUAAAUUUGGAAAAUACUUUCUCCUUAACUCUUCGUCCCAUUUUUGGUCACAUUUCUUUUCUUGUUCGCUGUCCAUUCCUAUUCUGCUUUUUCUCUUUUUCAUAUUCUAUUACUACUAUUUCACUUUCACCCUUAUUACAUGUUUUUUCACUUUCACCGACAGCUAGCUUUCACAAACAACAACAUUUGUAGUUUUACUACCUAACUUCUAAAUUAUACUAAUCUUACUCCUUUGGUCUUUCCAAUUCACUUUGUGACAAAGAAUAAGUUUUUGAACAAGUCAAGGUUGUUGUUCUUUCUUCUUCCUCAGGUUUCCUCCUUUGAAAGGGAAGAAGAACCACUUUAGCUCUAUUACGAAACAAAACUUAGAAUGCAGUCAAAGGUUACAAACAAAGAAACAACAACAAGGUCAACGAUCAAAAACAUGUUUUCAAGGGACAAAAGGAGUAACAACAUCAAUGAUAAUGGAAAUCCAAAUAUUGUAGAUGAAUGGGAAUUAAGACCAGGUGGAAUGCUAGUUCAGAAACGUAAUUCAGAUGUGAAUAAUAAAACUUCUACAAUCAAAGUGAAAGUGAAGUAUGGUUCAUCCUAUUACCAAAUUCAUAUCAGUUCUCAUGCAAGUUUUGGUGCAGGGGAAUUGAAGAAAAUGUUGACAGAAUAUACAGGAUUGCAUGUUCUUGAUCAGAAGUUGAUUUUCAAGAAAAAAGUUAGAGAUUCAAAGUCAUAUCUUGAUGUUGAAAGAGUCAAAGAUGGAUCAAAGUUGGUUUUGAUUGAAGAUAUUGAGAGUAGAGAAAGAAGGAUAUUGGAGACAUUAAAAAUAGCAAAGAAAGAAAAGACUUCAAAAUCUUUAAUUGAAAUUAACUUGGAGGUCGACAAACUCUCCAAAAAGGUUUCAGCUUUGGAGGGUGUUGCUUCAACAGGUGGAGUUAUAGAAAAUUUGGAUGUUGAGAGUUUAACUGAAAGUUUGAUGAGAAUAUUGAUCACAUUGGAUGAAAUUUAUUAUGGUGAGGGUGAACUGAAAUUGAAGAGAAAAGAACAGGAGAGUUCAGAAGCACAUUGAGACACUUGAUAUGCUAAAGAUGACAAAGGCAAAAGAAAAUAACAUGGCACAUGAUGAUGAUGAUAAGAGUAAGGUGCAUUGUGGUGUUGAAAAGCAGCAAGAGUGCAAGAAACAGGAACAACAUUAUGAGUCAGUUGUAGUAACAACUAAAUGGGAAACUUUUGAUUAAGAAUGCAUUAUUUUGGUAUUAAAUUAGUGUAUUAGUUAACUAAUGAAAAAGUUUUAAAUUUUGUGUUACAUAAUAUAAUCCUCCUAUUUGACUUUUAGUUGGAAUGCUUAGGUCAGCUGUAUUGAAUAGAUUAAAGCGUGUUGUGUUUAUGUGAGCGGUUUUGUUAUCUGUCGGUGUGAUUGCUUAGCUGUGAGAAUUUAAUUUUUGUAUUUUUUUGCUUUUUAUAUUGUUGGGUAGGAAGUAGGGACCAUGUAAUCAAUCAAGGACUUUAAUAUAAGUAGGGUAGAGUAGAGGGUAUUAAUUAA